UAUUUCGGAGUCAUUGUCCGUUCUCUGCUUGUCGAGGUUGUCUAAAAAGCCGCCGUCGUCUUUCGCAGUUGUCAUUCAAAAGCCGGUACCGACAUUAAUUUCAAUGUCAAUGUUUGCAAAAAUCUGUCAACUUGUGCUAUUUUCAUUGUAUAUUCAAUAUUGCCGAUGUCUUCCUACUUCCUUCGACGAAAGUAUUAUAGAUCUGGUCGGGAAUCAGGAAUGGCUAGCACGUCUUCAACAUUUGGAACAUCGAUUUCCGGAAAACAUUUCCGACCUGCACUUUCGCGGCAAACGGCUUAUCAAUCUAGGUCCUGGAAUUUCAACUAAACAGAAAACGUAUCAAGCUUGCACUGCACUGGGUAAUCAGAGCGGUCACUGUAAACACCUCAGCGGAUGCGUCCUUGAGGAGUUCCGCUCGAACUUUGCACGAUUCGUGGAUUAUAUGUGCAUAAUUGAGCAGACGUACGUCGGUGUGUGUUGCCCGGACAGUGUCGCGACAGCUCGAUCGGAAAAAGUUUUUGAUGAUGAUUUAGCCAGCUUGUUACCAGCGAUAGCAAACCCAGACGACGACAGAGAAGAGUGGGAUAAAGUCACCGAGAAUGAGGACGAGAAUGGACCAUCUGUCAACAAGUCGUCGGACAACAAUAAUACGAUUUUGCGGAAAAACGCAACUUUAUCGGAUACCAAGGAGGAGAUGAGAAAUCCACGAAGACCCAGAGGAUGCGGCACGAGCGCAAGAACAAAGAUCAGAGUCGUGGGUGGCCGGCCGGCUGAUCCUAAAGAGUGGCCGUGGAUGGCGGCUCUUCUCAGGCAAGGCGCGAUUCAGUAUUGCGGGGGUGUGUUGAUCACCGAUAGACAUGUACUUACUGCCGCACACUGUGUUUACAGAUACAAACCACGCGACAUCACGGUAAGACUCGGCGAGUACGAUUUCACCGAGUCCGGAGAGACGCGAUCGUUGGAUUUUACGGUGUCGGAGAUACGAAUGCAUAGAGAUUUCAGAUUGAAUACUUACGAGAACGACAUCGGUAUCAUUAAAAUCCAUCGACCCACCACGUUUAACAGCUACAUCUGGCCAAUCUGUCUUCCGCCCAUUCAACACACAUUUGAGAAUAAAAGUGCCAUCGUCACUGGUUGGGGCACGCAAUAUUACGGAGGGCCCGCCAGCACAGUGCUGAUGGAAGCCUCAAUACCGGUGUGGCCUCAAGAAAGAUGCGUUCGCAGCUUCACGCAACGAAUCCCGAAUACCACUAUGUGCGCCGGCGCUUACGAGGGUGGUCGCGACGCCUGUCAAGGCGACUCGGGCGGCCCGUUGCUACACCAACUCAGUAACGGCAGAUGGGUCAACAUAGGAAUCGUAUCUUGGGGGAUUCGCUGCGGCGAACCUGGAUUUCCGGGGAUAUACACCCGCGUGAGCUCUUACCUCGAUUGGAUAUUCGCAAACGCCGUAUUCUAAGCGUUACAUAAUACUUUUCGCCGCUCUCUCGUGCCAAAGAUUUUUUUUUUUUUUCACUUUUAUAUACGUAGAACUCUUCGCACUUCGAUAAGACGUGUAGUUGCCCAAUAAAACGAUUCUCACAUGAAAA